AUUUUCAACUAUUUUUUUCUUUCUUUCUUCCUUUUACUUACAAUACACUCAUCUUUUUACCCUCCUCAUCUCUUCCAUAUACACUCCCUUUAUCCAAUUUCAUCCGAUUUAUCCAAUGUCACAAGCCAGUGUAGAAGAAGACGAUGGUGAAUAUGGUCCCCUUUUGAUUUCUGCCCUUGAGGGAAAUGGAGGCAUUACAGCAAGUGAUACCAAAAAAUUGAAAGAAGCUGGUUUUUUCACAGCGGAAUCUGUUGCUUACGCUCCAAAGAAAGCACUACUUGCCAUCAAAGGGAUUUCUGAAACGAAAGCUGACAAACUCUUAACUGAAGCUUCCAAGGUUGUAGCAUUAGGUUUUACGACAGCAAUGGAAGUACAUACCCGGCGACAAGAAAUUGUGACCAUCACAACAGGAAGCAAGGAAUUGGAUCGUGCAUUAGGUGGAGGGAUUGAAACUGGAUCAAUUACAGAAAUUUUUGGGGAAUUUCGAACUGGGAAAUCACAGCUAUGCCAUAUGUUAUCAGUGACAGGGCAAUUACCAGUCUCAGUGGGUGGUGGUCAAGGCAAAUGUCUUUUUAUUGAUAGUGAAGGCACAUUCCGUCCGUCUCGUGUAUUAUCUAUUGCUCAAAGAUUCUCUUUAAAUGGCGAAGAAACCUUGGACAAUAUUGCUUACGCUCGUGCAUAUAAUACUGAUCAUCAAACCUCCCUUUUGAUUCAAGCUGCUGCCAUGAUGUCAGAAGCAAGAUUCUCAGUAUUAAUUGUAGACAGUGCAAUGGCUCUUUACCGUACGGAUUAUGCUGGACGAGGUGAAUUAGCUGCAAGACAAACACAUCUGGCGCAAUUCUUACGACAACUACAACGGCUAGCGGAUGAGUUUGGUGUGGCCGUUGUGAUUACCAAUCAAGUAGUAGCUCAAGUAGAUGGUGGUGCAGCUAUGUUUAAUCCAGAUCCCAAGAAACCAGCUGGUGGAAAUAUAAUUGCUCAUGCUUCAUGUACUCGUCUUUACCUUCGAAAAGGCCGUGGUGAAAAUCGGAUUUGCAAGAUAUAUGACUCUCCUUCUCUGCCUGAAAAUGAAUGUACCUUUGCUAUUCUGGAAGAUGGUAUAUCUGAUGCUGUAGAAUGAACAACUCUUUCCUAUCACUCCAUUUUUUUUACCCAUUGUAUUAUGUAUAUGUCAAACACUCCAUUUUCUGUUGUUAUUUAGUUUUCGUUUUUUUUUUUUUAUUAUUAUUAUUCAUGCACUUACUCAUCCUUCUGAUCUUCUUCAUCUUUAUCUAUCUACAAAUAUAGCAUCCUUCUUUAUUAUUGUUACUACAAAAAGAGAAGUGAAACAAUAAAC